CUUUGAAGCGACUCAUGGCAGAUGAGCUGGAACGAUUGACCAGUAUGAGGAUAAAGAAGGAGAAGGAAAGGCCCAAUGCAUCUCAUAGGAAUUCGUCUGCCUCCUAUAUGGAUGUUCAAAGCACAGGCCAGACGCUGCAGGAAAUCCCUGAUGAGGACGUGCUGGUACUCUUUGAGCAGAUGCUGGUGGAUAUGAAUCUGAAUGAAGAAAAACAGCAACCUCUGAGGGAAAAGGACAUAAUAAUCAAGAGGGAGAUGGUGUCCCAGUAUCUGCACACGUCCAAAGCUGGUAUGAAUCAAAAGGAGAGCGCUAAGUCACCUAUGAUGUAUAUCCAGGAGCUGAAAUCAAAUCCCAGGGAUGCCCAGCUGCUCAACUGUUUGGAGUCUCUGCGAGUGUCACUGAAUAAUAACCCUGUCAGCUGGGUGCAGAAUUUUGGAAAUGAGGGCCUCACUUUCCUGCUGUCUAUCUUAAAAGUGCUUCAUGAGGAAAAGGAUGAGAUACCCAGCUCAUAUGAUACCCGGAAUAAACAUGAGAUCAUCCGGUGCCUGAAGGCAUUCAUGAACAACAAGUUUGGUAUCAAAACAAUGCUUGAAACUGAGGAGGGGAUCCUGCUGCUGGCAAGAGCAGUUGACCCCAAAGUCCCUUCCAUGAUGAUAGAUGCCAUGAAGCUGCUGUCUGCCCUUUGUAUCCUGCCUCAACCCGAGGACAUGCAUGAGAGGGUUUUGGAGGCACUGACAGAACGAGCAGAAAUGGAUGAAGUGGAGCGAUUCAGACCCUUGCUGGAUGGUCUAAAGAGUGGAACUUCAGUGACGUUGAAGGUAGCCUGUAUGCAACUGAUCAAUGCCCUGAUCAUCCCGGCUGAUGAGCUUGACUUCAGAGUACACAUUCGCAGUGAGCUGAUGCGUUCAGGAUUGCAGCACAUCCUGAAAGAACUGCGAAUGUUGGAGAAUGAGGAGCUGAAGGUGCAGCUUUCAGUAUUUGAAGAGCAUGGUGAAGAGGAUUCAGAAGACCUCAGGAGUCGCCUAGAAGACAUUCGCAUUGAGAUGGAUGAUUUCAGUGAUGUCUUCCAGAUACUCCUGAAUACAGUAAAAGAUUCCAAAGCAGAGCCAUUUUUUCUUUCUAUCCUGCAGCACCUUCUACUUAUCCGCAAUGAUUAUGAAGCCAGGCCUCAGUACUACAAGCUGAUUGAUGAAUGUAUUUCCCAAAUAAUUCUACACAAAAAUGGUGCUGAUCCAGACUUUAAAUGUAGGCAUCUUGCCAUUAACAUUGAGGGGCUAAUAGAUAACCUGAUUGAUCAAACAAAGGUGGAAAAAAGUGAAGCCAAAGCAGUAGAGCUGGAGAAAAAGCUGGACUCAGAGUUGACUGCACGGCAAGAACUGCAGGUUGAAAUGAAAAAGAAGGAAAGUGACUUUGAACAGAAACUCCUUGAAUUAUGUAAAGAGAACCAGACACUAGACAUGGAGAAACAGCAUAUGGCCACCGAGAAGCAGACUCUGGAAAGCAAAGUUUCUGAGCUGAAUGAGGAGAUGUCUAAGUUGUCAAAGGAGCUUGAGGAUACUAAGAAGGAAAUGGCUUCCCUCUCUUCUAUAUCUGCUUUACCUGCUCCUGUACUCCCUGGUUCAGCUGCUGUACCCCCUUCCCCACUUCUUCCUAGUGCAAGUGGGAUCCCACCUCCCCCUCCACUCCCUGGCGCUCUUGGCAUCCCGCCUCCCUCUCUGCUCCCUGGCGCUCCUGGCGUCCCGCCUCCCCCCCCGCUCCCUGGCGCCCCGCCUCCCCCUCCGCUCCCUGGCGCUCCUGGCCUCCCGCCUCCUCCUCCACUCCCUGGUGCUCCUGGUAUUCCACCACCUCCACCAGGGAUGGGUGUCCCUCCUCCACCUCCUGGGCUUGGGGGAUGGGGAGCCCCUGGAGUUCCAAUUCUUCCAUAUGGAAUGACUCCUAAAAAGGCUUAUAAACCAGAGGUACAGCUGCGAAGACCUAACUGGUCCAAGAUUAUAGUUGAAGACCUCUCCCAGGACUGUUUCUGGACCAAAGCCAAGGAAGAGCGAUUUGAGAAUGAAAACCUCUUUGCUAGGCUGACAGUGAUGUUUUCUGCUCAAACUAAGCCCUCGAAGGCAAAGAAAGACCAGGAAGGUGGAGAGGAAAAGAAGAGUGGCCAGAAGAAAAAGGUCAGAGAGCUCAAAGUGUUGGAUUCAAAAACUGCCCAGAACCUUUCAAUAUUCCUUGGCUCCUUCCGUAUGCCUUAUGAGGAGAUCAAGAAUGUGAUCCUGGAAGUGAAUGAGGCUGUAUUGACUGAGUCCAUGGUGCAGAACCUGAUUAAGCAGAUGCCAGAGGCUGAGCAGUUGAAGAUGCUGUCAGAGCUAAAGGACGAGUACAGUGACCUGGCUGAAUCUGAGCAGUUUGGUGUUGUGAUUAGCUCGGUUUCCUGCCUGCGGCCCCGCCUCAAUGCCAUCCUCUUCAAGCUGCAAUUUAAUGAACAGGUGGAGAACAUCAAACCUGAGAUUGUCUCAGUAACAGCAGCCUGUGAGGAAGUACGCAAGAGCCAGAGCUUCUCCCAGCUGCUGGAGCUCAUCCUACUGUUGGGCAACUACAUGAAUGCAGGCUCUAGGAAUGGUGGUGCUUUUGGCUUCAACAUUAGUUUCCUCUGCAAGCUACGAGACACAAAGUCCAGUGAUCAGAAGUUGACACUGCUGCACUUCCUGGCUGAGCAGUGUGAGCAGUUGUAUUCUGAAGUGCUGAAGUUUACUGAUGAUUUCAUCCAUGUGGAGAAAGCCAGUAGAGUCUCUGCUGAGAAUUUACAGAAAAAUUUGGAUCAGAUGAGGAAACAGAUUUCAGAUGUGCAGCGUGAUGUUGAGAACUUCCCUGCUGCCACAGAUGAGAAGGACAAAUUUGUGGAAAAAAUGACUAAUUUUGUUAAGGAAGCCCAGGAGCAGUAUGACAAGCUGCGAAUGAUGCAUUCAAACAUGGAAAACCUGUUUAAGGAACUGGGCCAGUACUUCCUGUUUGACCCCAAGAAAAUAUCCAUUGAGGAGUUCUUUCUGGAUUUGCACAACUUCAGGAACAUGUUUCUGCAAGCCAUGAAGGAGAAUCAGAAACGGCGUGAGACAGAAGAAAAGAUGCGUCGAGCUAAGCUGGCCAAGGAGAAGGCUGAGAAGGAACGACUGGAAAAGCAGCAGAAGAGGGAGCAACUGAUAGACAUGAAUGCAGAGGGUGAUGAGACAGGGGUAAUGGACAGUCUGUUGGAGGCCCUGCAAUCAGGAGCAGCUUUCCGUAGAAAAAGAGGACCACGCCAAGACUCUCUCUUGUCCCUCUGUGAGGUGGAGGAGGAUACGCCUGAGCGGCAAACAGGAAAGCUGGCUGUGCUGUCACCUCAUUGCUAGCCUCGGAGCUGACAAAGGAUGAGGCGCUAAGUGCAGUACCACGCAAGAUGGCAAAGAAUGAGUUGGCAGCCGAUGGAGGAGUCCAUGAUGAAGCCAUGGAGAUGAUCAGCCGUUCAAGCUAGACCUGGGUGAUGGAUUAGGGCUGAAAUCUGCAGGACUGAAAAAAAAUGUGCAAAGGAAGCAAAAUACACUGGGUCACUUUGCAGUCUUUUGGCCUGGGCCUGAGGGGUAGUGUAAUUUCCUUCUUGCUCUUAGGCCUGCUUGUGCCAGCUUUUUGGCCUUUUGUUUUUGUUCUCUAGAUCAUCUCCAAUCUUCAGUCUGCCUCUCAGAUUACAAGGCAUAAUGCUUUAGCUGAAUGUAAGCCAUGCUUUCAGAGCAAAGGUGAGAGACACUGGUUUAGCCCUCCUUUCUCUGCAGGAGUAUGGUAGAGCAUACUGGGAGGUAAGGGGUGUAGAGGGAGGGAUUAGAAGCCACCACCCCACCUACACAUAUCCCUGCAUUGGGUGUUGCCAAAGCAGGAACUUUACAAGCUGCCUUAACCCGAACUUUUUAAAGUAUCUCUAAUUUUGGGACUUGCUGCUGAGCCAGGCCAGCCAAAAGCUCCAUUUCCCCACGAGACUGACCUCCAGCAGUGCUGGAGGUUCUCAACCUGCUUCCUUAUCCAUCUCUAUGUGGGAGGAAAUUUUGUAGGUCAGUUUAGCUGAACUUCAGUUUCUCCAACUGCUGGGUUGUGUUCUUGUACCCAGCACCUUCUCUUGUGCCCUCUUUCUACCACAUGCUAGGAAAGGAAGUGACACCUGAGGUGGGAAGCGCUGUCCUUGUCUCCCUCAGGACCUGCCACUUUCCUGCUCAUCCCAGAUCCUUUUUCUGCUUGUUACAUUUAUUCUAGCAUCUCUUCAGCUGAGCCUUCCUGCCACUGGAACUAAUGUCAUAGCAGUGAUUACUCAAGAGGAAACAGGUGAAGUAUUCACUGCUGAUAGGCUGUUGGGCAGGAAGCUGUUCUAGUGCAGUAGCUGCCUCUGCAUGUUUUGGAACCAAGAAGAAUAAAAGUUAGGUGUAUUCUGUGUUGCUCAAUGUCCUACAAAAGCAUUUGCUGCAGCCCCAAAGCAGCCUCUGCUUGGAAUGAAGCUGGGGCUGCAGUUCUCUGCAGUGUACAGUCUGCACAGCACACUCCUUUGGAAAGCAUAUGAUCUUUUGGAGAAAAUCUCUUGUGGCUGCAGCUUGAGCCCCACCCAGGCUUAUCAAGUCUGCUUGCUUCAGCUGUUGUGUUGUGCCAUGCAGAGGAACUUCCUAUCUCCUUGCCAUGGUGAUAGACAGAUGGAGGCUCCUUCUGACUGAGAAGUCACUUUGCAAAUGUAUCUAUUUUUGUAUCAAAUUUUGUUUUAAAAGGAAAUUUUAAUGUACAGUGAAAAUAACUAAAACAUUUGCAUGUUCCUGGAGUCCCCUCCGUGCACCAUGUGCAUUUUGCUGCCAGCUGUGGGAUGGUGGAAGUAACCACCUACAGCACUGCACUGCGUUCUGUUGUCCCCAGAGCAUAAAGGAGCUGGCCAUUCACUGCGCUGUGUGUGGCUACUGUCCCCUUGCCUAGAGGGGCUGCUUCACCUAUGUACUAGGGAGAGCUUAUCCAUCAUGUGCAUGCAAUAGAGGAAUUCAAAUGCUGGCUCUAGUUUUAUCUCACAGGUGUGAGAUGAUCUAUAAUAUGAUGUAUUUUAUCACCCAGGGGCUGCUAGCCCAGGCUAAGGAUGUUGGGCAAGCAAGGGGUGGAGCUGUGCUUGACAUCCUGAAGCAGAGGGAGAGCAGGCAGGAGCCCUUUUCUGGCAGCAUCCCAACUGCUUGCCUUAAUGUCAUCUGUUGGUAUAGGAGCUGGGAAUGUGAAUAGUGCAAACUCAGCUUUGGGCCCCUGUGUUACUGGGGUUUUGGUGUCAUCUAAUUUAAUAUAUUAACGGAGACACAUUUUAUUGUGGUCUAAGUGCUGGAGUGAUCUCUAAUAGUCCAGAGUAGUCUGAGCCUUGCACACAUCUCCGUGGCUACUUCAGCUGUUGCACCUGUGAGCUUUCUAUACGCAUGGAAUGGAUGAACAUGAUGGCUUUUCAUGCAUUUGUAUAGCAUGAGUGCCCCAAUAUUGUGCACUUCUCACAGUGUGUAAUUAUUUGAUCUGUUGGGCUUGAGACCAUGCCCUGGCUUCAGGCAUAGCCAUCCCAGGGCCUUGCAGGAGAUUUCCGUUCUCUGAGAGAUUCCUGCUUUGCAGCUUGGGGUCACAAUGAUAGAAUCACAUCUCUACAUUUGACAGCUAGCAAAUUAGACGGGUAUUGUUCUGCCUGUAGUAUCCCUUGGCACUUCCACAGAGGAGUAGUAAUGGGCCUGCAGACUCUGGGAUAUGUCUGGGGCUUAGCGGAAAGGGUUGUUGAGGCUGCAGCAUUUGGGGCUCACAUCUGGGGAGAGGAACUUGGGGAGCAUAAAUGAGGAAAAUUAGCCCCAAUGGACUCUCGUGGUAUCUGCUACUCCCCAACAAGAGGGAGAAACAAAUGCUACAAGUGAAGGAGUGAAGGUCUUUUUUUGCAGGUGCCUGGAUAGAUGCUGCCAAAGAUUAGGUUUAAUACUGCCUUCUCCCCUCCUGAGCCAAAGGUGUCAUGCCCAGAGGUUUUGCAGCUUUUAUUUGUUAACUACUUUUGUUUAAAAAAAGACCAUUCCAUUUCCAAACUGCUUUGGGUGUUUCCUGGGACUUGUGAUCAGCUCUGAUUAUUUGGUUUGAAAUGUUAAUAAACAGUUGAAACUGUGCAGGGUUCUCAGCCUCCCAUUUCCUUUCAUUAACAGCAUGGCAUAGCUGGGCCCCCUGCCAUGAUACAAUGGCAAAGGGUGUCCUGGAAGUAGAUGCUGUGUUCCCCAGCUGAACUAGAGCAAAUGUGGAGGGGCAGUUUCAGGACAGCAUACUUGCCUGCUCACUCCUCUCUUCCUCUCUGUUUUGGUCAGUGUACAAGGAAGCUGGCAGUGUUCCAGGCAUGUGUAUGCUCGUGGCCAUCACGUGGAACCACAGUUCUUUUGCUUGUGGCAAUGUGCAUAGUCAGCCACUUUAUUGUGGAUGAGAUAUUGGAAAUCAGCUUUCCAAUACUUUAGCCCCACGUCCCAUAUGUUCUCUCUCAUUCUAGUCCAUCCCCAUGUGCUAGGGUACCUUCAUUAGGUCCACUGGUGCAUGAUUAGUGACUGUUUCAGAGGGAAUCAGAAAAAUUGAGUUGGUAAGGUGCCUGUUGCCUCAAAGUGGUCCCGUUACAGGAGGCAGGGGCUCUUCUCUCAGAAAUUCAAUCUUGAGGGAAGAGAAAAGAAAUUAUUGAAUUUUCAGUCUAGGAAAGGAAGAAGCGCUAGGUGGUAUCCCUUUCCCUCAGCCCAAGGCAGUUGGUAACAGGACUGGAGGAAAACACAGGUUGCCAGAAGUGGAAAAUUUGCCCCGAUUCUUGAGGCUAAGCAAUGGACAUGAAAAUUAAUCAGGUUCCUUCACCAGGGUUUGUGGGACACAAGGAUUGGCCCCACCCUCUAAUCACAGAGAGCUAUGCCUCUGCUAGCUGCUGACUUCCCCACCCUAGCACAAUGAGUUUUUUCCCCCUGGAAAAGAACAGGUACUUUACUAAACAGGAUAGACAUGGGCAGUCGGUUUUACUGCAUCAUUGUCCUGGACAGCUCAAAGUUUGUCUUGGAGAUAAUGCUAGCUUUGAGGGGUGUGAAUUGCCAUGGUUUAACCACUAAAGUCAGAGGGCCACAGGCACUGCCGUCUGGGGAACACGCAAGCUGCUUCAAAUGUUGGCAGCUUAAACCUGGGCAGAUUUAUUUCCUUCAUAUGGGCAAGAUCAUGGCAGCUGGAUACAAGUGUUCACAAGGGACACCAGAAGGCCACAGUGUGAGGCAAAUACAGAAGAGCUCAGCAGCAUGCAGUUUGGACAUGUGGAGCCUCCCAUGGUGCUGUAAGGGUUUCCUGGGUUUAAAGCCCCUUUUCAUGAUUAUGGAACUGGGGAAGAGUGGCUAGUUUGGCUGCUCUGUGAUAUCACCGCACAUGUUGGUUUUCUCUAUUUGUACAAAAAAAUGGAAAAAUAAAAGUUAUUUUGAGUACAAAAA